CUUUACUUCGGUUACUUUAGUUGCUUGAAGUGCUAUAGCGAAGCGAAGGCCGAGCGAACCUACUAUUAGCAUUCGUGUACGUAUUAAACUUAACAUUGUCGCGCCAGGUAAAACGAAAAACAUAAUAUUACAGUGUUGUUUUGUUUUAACGUGUAUUGUCGGUGCGUAGUUUGAUGCAAAGUUUUCGUGAAAAUGUGAACUUGGGCUGGCGUUUUUCGCGUCUGUUAUGGGAAACAAACUGUGUAAGAAAAAGGGCGGUGGUGAACCUGUCACCGACGAUAAGCCCCAUGCGUUUGAUAGGAUCAUCAACAGGCUGCACUUGAAACCAACGACGUGGAAAUCGGAUCCUCAACUCAAUGAGAAACAAACGAACAGGGUUGAAGUGAAAACAAGAAAAUCGAAGAACGGUAUAGUACAGCACUCACGUCCUUUAUCGAACGCGAAAUCUUCCGACUGGACUGAAGCAAGCCUCGAAGUACCUGACGAAGUUGUACAUCUUAAAAAUCCUCAACUGUCUUUAAUAUUUAAUGACGACAGUACACCAACACCUCCGCCUCGCAAACACAAAAAGACUCUUCGGGAAAAAUUGGAGACUGCUGCUAAAAACGGACUUCAAGCUUUACAAACUAAGAAAAUGGUGCCUGUGUCAAAAGAAGCUCCGAAAGAAGAAGAGAGUCCUAAACCAGUUGAAGAACCGCCAUUUAUUAAAAAGACUGUAAUAUACGGCUGUCCCUUAGACGAUCACGAUCAUGCUCACCACAAUAGAGAUCAUAAGCAUUCUCAAAAGAAAGAUAUUGAUAAAGUUGGCUCCUUGAGAUUCAGUAAAGACGCCAAGAGAAAGAAGAAUCUAUCAGUGGUUUCGUUACCGAACAUUAACGAGUUUAGAUUUAGUCUGAAAAAGGACGAUUCAGAGAAUAAUCUGGUCGAUGAGAAUCCCGAACAGAAACCAAAGAAAACUGCAUCCACUGGGAAACUGGAAUCGUACAUGCACAGGUGUAGAAGUAUAGGAUCGAUAUUUCCCCAGAAGAACAAACACCAUAAACACCAGAAGACUUCAAACGAUGCAGAUAGCGACGACUCCUUCGGCGGAUUGGAAGAUUGGGAUUGUAAAAUAUUAGAACAUUACAAACCGAAAGACGCAAGUUUGCAAAGACCCAGGAGACCUCUAAGUGACGAUGCUGGUUUAUCAGACGUGGAAAAACUUAUUGUUUCGCAUGAAGAGUACGAAAAAGAAAAUCCGGCACCAGCAAGACCACUUCGAAGAUCAGAAUCCUUGGUGAAGAAAGAGGAAAAUGCGGCAGUAGUUUCAGAAGAACCGGUUGUAAAAAGGAAGAAAGAAAACGACGACGCUCAAAGACCUUUAUUGGAAAAGAAAGUCGAAGAAAUUGAAACGAUCGUCGAGAAAAUUGCGAGCACAUCUAAAGAAGAGAUUGUUAAGCGUACAUUAUUACAAAGAAGAAGCGACGAAAAUAAGACAACAUCUACGGUUGUUAAGAAAUUAACGUUUCAAGAAACAGUGGAUAGUAAACCAGAUGAUGAUUCAACAACGAAGACACCUCCACCAACCCCAGUGGUCUGCGAUAAUAAACGAGAAUCUCUUAUUUCAAUUUCUAAACUUACCACUAAAGAUGACGAAGGCAAUAUCGAGCAUUCGUCUUUGAUUAAAUUAUUACACGAAUACAGUAAGAAUGAAGCACAACAGAAAAAGUUGGCGGAAACUGUAAAGGAAACAUCUGAUACGCUUGAAGAAAAUAUGCAGAAGAAAGAACAAAAGAAAGAUUUGGAGAAAAAUCCGGUUUCUAAUAGUGAUAAUAAAAUAUCGAAUGCAGUGGAAGAAUUUUUAAAUGCAGAGAGAAAAAACGACAAUAGCAAGUCUGCUUUAGAUAUUUUUGUAGAAUCAAAAUGUCAAGUUGUUUCAUAAAUGCUAAAUGUAGAGCAUUGUUAUUAUCUAUAGGCAUCCGCAUUAAUCCAAUUUGUAAUUUCUCUCACUUACUCAUGUAUAUGUAUUAUAAUAUUUACGAAAACGUUAUUGAUUAUCGUGUCAAAUGUAAUGUAUGUAGCUUUUAUAAAUUAAUUAAUUAAUAUAAUUUCUCGAUGGAGUUUUAUUAUAACAUAUCGCUCUGUAAAUUUAUUUAUAAUUUACUGUAUAUAUUUUAACUACCAUGAGGUAUAUGUAAUAGUGGUAAUUGUUGAUUGUUAAUUGUGUCUGUCAUUUGUUUUAAAAUUGUAAAGCACAAACAAUAGGUCGAUAUGUAAAAAUGUAUUCUGUUUGUCUAAAUUUAAUAAUAACAAUUUUUUAAAGUGCACAGCUUUGUUUUUAUACUCUAAAUACACUUUUUUAUGAAGAUUAAUAAAAUUUGAACGAAGUAUCGACUAGUGAGAA